AUGAUGGAGCUGAAGGUGUGGGUGGAGGGAAUUCAACGCAUUGUGUGUGGCGUUACCGAUACCACCACCUGUCAAGAUGUGGUGUAUGCACUUGCUCAUGCUACAGCUCAAACAGGUAGAUUCACUUUGGUGGAGCGUUGGCGAACCAAUGAACGUUUGCUGGCACCUUAUGAGAAUCCUCUUAAGAUUUUGAUGAAAUGGGGUGAAUACUCUUCAGAAGUUCAAUUGAUUCUGAGACGUUCCACAUCGGAAAAUAAAACAAAUGCAUUACCAUCACGACUAACGUAUUCAUCGCGUGCAAAUGGAUUACCAAUUUCAUUGCCUGAUGGAACAGGUACUGCUAGUAUACAGGAUGAGAGCAAAAAUGUAUCAACUAUGCAAAGUUCAGAUUUUGAUGAUACACAAGGAGGAUUAGAGAGGAAUAGAGAUACAAGGAAAUCACUUACAUUUAGUGGCUUUCAUGGAAGUAUUACAGAAGGUAGCACAGAGAUUCAAAUGGAGAAUAAUGUGGCUGUUGUUCAGCCCACGCCACAUUUGAAGAAUAAAGAUUUGAAUGUUCGAAAAAAUGUACAAAAACCAGCACAGUCACCUACGCGAGGGACUAAUGCUGAAAUUGCAACACACUUGUCGCAAAAAAAAGUACGCGAGGUUCCACCUUACAGAGAGCCUCCAGGCCCAGCUUCGCCACCCUUACGCACUUUGCCACCUUACCGAGAUCCACCGCCACCAAAUUUAAACAGUCCUGGAAGAUCACAAUUUGUACAUGGCAGUGGAAGUCCUCAUGUGCACAAAGAUGAUCAACCAUCAUCUAGUAAUUCCAUGAAAUUGAAAAGGAAUCUUAUCCAGGAAUUUCAAGAUACAAAAGUGCCUACACAAUCUGUUAAUCCACUUUCUGUCACGACACAAAAUAUGGCAACUGUCGCUUAUACUCAACGAUAUGUUGAACUUAUAAGACUAGUCAAUAAGCAACGGGAUACUAUUAAUGCUCAACAAGCUGAUCUAACAAAAUUUGAUGCAGAAAUAUUGUAUUGGGAAACAAAGAGUAGAGAACAAAUGCAUCAAAUGGAUUAUAUUUCCCAAGAAAUGAAUCGCAUUGAGUCUACUGGUCGAAUAAUUGAGGAACAAUUGAAAGAAUUGGCUCAUGUAGAAGAAGAAAGUGAAAUAGUUAGGCAGCAGGAAAAAACACUGAAGUCAGAAAUAACAUUGCUUAGAUCAAAACUUGCCAAUUGCGAAACGGAACUUCUUCAAUGUAAAAACAAGAUAAGGCUAGUUAUGGAAGAACUUGCAAUGGAACAACACAAUAUAAGUCGUGAAACAGAUGAGCGGCAAAUUAUGGAACGAAAAAUAAUCAGCGAAGUGGAACAUUUGCAAAAUGAGGUGGAACAAGCCAAACGCGCAACUGAAUUAGCUUCACAACAUGCAGAAUCAUUAAAAUUAGAAGUAGUUAAUCUGGAAUCGGCGAUCGUUGAGAAGAAAUUGCAAGUAGAGAGAUUGGUAGCCGACAUGAAAGAAGCAAAUCUACAAAGUUUAGCUGUUGCAUGCUCAGAUGAACAAGUCAAAUCUUUAUUAGAAGGUGCCCAUAAACCUGGGAGUACACGUAAAAUGAUAGGAUCACCAAGGCAAUUGGAAACUGCAGUGCCCACAAGUAAGAAUCCACAUGGUGUGUGGGUAUAAAAACCAAUCCAAUAUACCUGAUAAUACUG